AUGUCAAAUCCAUUUCAGAAUAUAGGUAAGAAUUUAGUGUACAUUUCUGCUGCCGGAAUUGCGUCAAUUUAUGUGGUGAAGACUAUAGUGAAGUCUAGGAGAGAUGCUAAAUUCAUACCAAAAGCGCGAGGAAACAAUGGUGAAGCGAAUGGAGAAAAUUAUUAUGAUAAUCUCGCUCAAGUUAAACCAGGGUUCCCCCUACCUAAACAUGAGGGCGACAACAUUAAUAGCUCUGAAGAUCAUGGGUUAGUGAGAAAGAGUAAAUAUGAAGGUAGCGGGCUUAGUGCGGUAACAAGAAAAAGAGGCGACAAGCUAGGCUUUCUAGACAGGAGAAGAAAUGAGUAG